GUGCGCUUCGAGAUACAAGAAGAGAUACGUUUCAUGGCUAAACAAAUUAGGACCCUGUUUUCAUAGGACAGCUGUUGACGAGUUUCUAACGCAAUUCAGUCCAGCCGAUUUAAAGAGAUCGUAGGAAGCUAGCCUUGCUCAGAUUCUUUUGUCUCCCGGAUCAGGCAGGACGGUUAAUGCGAAAAGCUGACACUAACAAUGUUCGACGUUUAACUACAUCUAGUGAACGUUUCUUUUAGUAAUCACUCAUUAAGUAAAUUUCAGAUAACAACGGAUUGUUUUAGAAGUGUGUCUACAGCUUUUUCCAAGUCUUUAUUUCGAAGCCGAGCCAAGAGGAAAGGCGCCGUUUCGAAACUGUUAUUUUUUCGUCACCAGACAAAAGAGAUACGUCAAAACGUCCCCAGAGAGGACUGACCUAAAAAAAUUGAUGGAAAAACGAGCAACGAACGAUUGACGUUUCUUUGACUGUGGUUAUGGACUCAAAGAAUAGAGUCUUAAGAGUAAAUCAUUGAGUUGCUUUCGUAGUGGAACUGGUGUUCUUGUGGCGAUUACGCUUGCGCGUCUCUGUGACAUUUGGCGACGAGGCAAUCGAUCUUCUUGGCUGAGCGUUGAAUCUGUAGCUGUGAUUGAUUCAUAGAACACCUUUGUAGAGGAUAUAUAAGACAUUGUUCUUGGUGUCCUCAAAGAAUUGCGUGGUAGGGCAGCUACGACCAAAUAGAAUUCGUAUGCACAUAACUGCGAUGGCACCGACUAUGCCACUGGGUUCCGGUGUUCACACAAAUCGUUAAUGGUGGAAGUGUACAGAAAAAAUUAUUUUUCAAACGAAGCAAUACGAUUCGUGUAAGGGACCAUGUUUGCACAGUACUGGAAACAGUCCGCCAUGACCUGUCGAGCAAUUUUGGAUUCUUGGACACUACGAUGAGAUUUCAUUUAAAAUAUAUUUGUCUAAUCCGCAGUUAUGCUAGCGAAAAACCUGGCACACAGUUGCACACGUAAUUACAUGAAUAUUGGAAUAUUUCCCUGGUGACGGUCUUAUUAUUUGUUGCUUCAAGGCUUGUCUAUAAUGAAAGGCAAGGCGUUCGUGCCUUAACCAGCAUGAGGCUGAUUCGGUGGCUACGGUCGAUUGCAUUAGCUACGGUCAUUUAUAACGGUAUCAGGACAGGAGCUCAACCUUCGGCUUUCGACGAGAUCGCCAUUUCGAACAUCUCACUCAAUGAGUUGCUGGCUAGUGGACCUAGAGCGUCUCAACAAUUACUCAAUGGAUCGUGCGGGACUGAGUGCAUUGCUUGUUUGGAGAGGACAGCCCCCAAAAUUGCCGAGCUAACUCUGCGACUUUUGGAAGCAAACGACGGGGAUGAUUUUAAAAUCAUUCAACUGGAAGAGAACGCUCGAUCGAUUCCCAUCUUUCCAGAGCAGGAAAGGUUACUCAGGAACAGUCCUUUAACUGAGAAAGCAUUGACGGCGCUAUUACUCAAGAUUGUAGAAAGUAACCACUGGCUCGAGAGGCUUUCGUCUACCGGCAGAACCUUGCCUCCUGCGAUUGUCGUAAAAUAUGAUGACCCCCCUGCAAGGCCGGAACACUGGGCUGAUCCAACAAAUCGAUCGGCAAAAAGCGGUGUCCCUAAAAUAGCUGGCCGUCUGGUUUCACGAGAUCGCAGUAGUAAGCAGCAGUAUGGCACAACCUUACAGCCGGUUCUGGAGCCACGAGCUACCGAUGUCGCCCUUAAUUCAGAGCUACGACGUUUUAGGGACGAACAGUCCUAUGAGCCGCGGUAUCAGACAGCCGAAGAGCCGAGACAGAACUUCACUACAAAUGCUAGCUCAGGAAAGUUCGAUGUCUCAACGGAGAAGCACGACACUUCAACUAUAAGGCUGGAAGAAAGGUACACCACAACCGCUUCGUCAGAGAAACCAUAUCACAAAACGGGUCGAUCGAAUAUUGCCUGGCCCACACCGACUGGUACUGACUUCGCCAUGGUAGCAAGAGAUUCAAGCCCUGAACAGCCCGAUGACCAACGCCAUCCGAAAAGUAUAUGGGCAAAGGAGCAAGAUGGGACGACGGUUCGCCCGGCAGAAUGGUACUACACUACUGACACACGAUCUAAAAAGUUUUUUACUGCGAGCGUAGGACCCGAAGAGGACUUCACCACAACGGCGUGGCCGCGGGAUCGCUAUGAAAUAACGAAGAAACAGGAAGAAACGCACACAGCGACCGUAUGGUCGGAGGAAACGCUAACCUCAGCGGGACAACCUAUAGUGGUGCCUACAGUGGCAAGCCUAGAGUUGCUUAGCAAAGGUCUAAACAGUGAACAGCCGGGAAAAAAGUUCCAAGGUGAUACAAUUGCUGGGUCCGCGAUGUAUUCGGGGCUAACUCCAAUAAUUACACGUAAAAGCUCGACUGCAUCCAUCACAGUUCAGCCCCAGAAUCUGUCUGGAGCUAGCACGUCCUCACCUCUCUCAACGGCAGGCUCGCCACUUUGGGGCACAGGACUUCUGGAAGCCAUGCAAGGAUCGAUUGCUCCAGUAGACAAUGAUAAGUUGUUACAAUCCUCCGGUGACGCCAUCGAGCACAGUGACCUCUCAACAGAUGAAGCAGACGUAACGGCCUUGAAUGGCUCCAUCGUGACGCCAGAGGUGAAGGUCGAAGUUACACCCAAUAAGCGAGUGCUGGUUACUUUGCCCGAUGGCGUUGUUUAUCCCGUGCCAGAAUCGCUAGAUAGCCUUGUCGCAGCGAUAGAUCCGCGCCAGCUCAAGGCGGUCGUGUCGCAAUUGAAAGUAUUCGGUCUACCCAUAGAGUUUCAUUCGAACCAUCUCGUCAUGGCGAAAGGAUCGGUAUCGAAAAGCGACGCCCUUCGAAUAGAAUUCAUUUUGUGGUCUACGAAUCAAACAGCAAACAGCGUCUCCGUAUACUUCGCCGGCAAUCGAUAUCAGCUUCCUGAACAGAUGGAUGCCUUUGCGAACCAGUUGAAAGGACGACCACGAGCCGAUAUCCGGGCCGUCGUUCGGGGGUUACAGCGAUAUAAUCUACCCCAAGGACUCGACACAGAGCCACUUGUCCGCCUGAUGGAUAAAAGGGACGAGGCGGCAACUGUCACAACUCUAAUGCCAGAUGUUCUGGGGCUAUCUGGUGAUGAUACAAUUUCAUUCGCUACCAGUCCUGAAUCUGGUGAAGUUGGGGAUAGUGUGCCCCAUAGACUUACGGCCCCUAUUGGAGUAGGGGGUAUUGUUCUAGAAUUUGCAGGACGCCGCUUCCGUCUACCGGAUGAAAUCGAACUGCUCAAUCGUGUAAUCACUACCACAGAAAGUCGAGAGAAUCUGUUGAAGCAUAUGCGGAAAGUUGGUAUCCCAGCGGUCAUAGUCAACAACCGCCUUGCGAUCGAUCAGGCCGCCGUCUUAACAUCGACGAAGUCUCGACAGCGUCCGGUACGGCUCCGAAUUUACACGGUCGACGGAAGGCCGAGCAAGGUUUUGAUCCGAGCGGAGGGCUCCGAAUUCGAGCUGCCCAAGGACCAGACGUUGUUUAAUCGAUUCAUUAAGAAUUCUUCGGUUCUUAUUUAUGAAAUUAUCAAGGUUCUUUCGCACUACAGUAUACCUGUAACGUUUGACGAAGAUACGGGUGAUCUAACCGUACAACUGAAUAGUCGUUCGACAAAUAACACCCAUCUGAGUUACCAAGUAACAAUCAACGGCGAACAGUACAGGUUGCCGGACCAAUGGCCUGAGUUGGAAACAGCUAUAUAUCGCGGGACGAUACAUCAACCUGAUCAAUUGAUUAAGUUAUUUAUUCGAUACAACCUCGACGUGCCUCAAUAUGUUUUGAACGCCAUCAAGUUGGUCAAGCAGCAAAAAGAUAGACCAACUGGAAAUCCUCUGGCUAUCAGCAUCGUUAACCAACCCCAAUCGUUGCCCGGUCAGCUUGUUCUAUCUUUUCGGGGCAUAACAUUAGCCUUGCCCCAGGACUCGCAAAUGUUGUCUCAGCUCAUCACUGACGAGAACGCUCUAGCCGAGCUGCGGGAUAUCGCCUUGUCCGCGAACGCUCUCAGCCGUCGACAUGGAAAUUCCUUGUGGGUCGAAACGCCAGACGGUUUGAUCAAAGUUGAUCUGAAUUUAACCCAGACCCCAACCGAUAUUGGAGGCGAUUUCGUCAGUGAGGAAGGCCGAGAUAGGUGGAGAUUUAUGCCCUAUCGAGUUUCGACGACUGAGUCAUCCAACUUCAUCAAAGUUGAAGUCGCGGACGGAAACGAGCAUCUGCUGCCAGGAGACGAGACAGAACUUGAAGAUUCUAUUCAAAGGGCUGGAAAGCCUUCAAGACUGGUGGAUGCUCUUCAAGCUAACGGAAUUUCUGUGAACCUCAAGAAUCAAUACUUAGACCUAUCUUGGGGCCAAAUAAGAACAAAACUCAGGAUUAAUAGUAUUCGACCUCAACCAAUGGCAUCUCUUCCAAAGGCUAAACGUAAAAUGGGCAUUCGUGCACGAGGCGCCCCAGGAAAUUUCAUGUACACAAUCACCUUAGCCGAUGGAAGAUCAUUAACUCUGCCAGCGCAAUGGGAACAGUUACAAGAGAUGGUUCGCAAUGGAAAGUUGCGUCUCAACGUACUUCUUCGACUGUUUGAUAUGUCACGCAUCAAUAUAGGACAUCGUAGGUCGGAGGACGGUUCAUGGUCAGUCGUCCUGAAUGGCAAGGCGUACACGCUGGAUGACCAACCACAAUAGGUAACUGCAAAAGGUGACUACCUAUUGAAAUAUUAACUGUUACGCAGACUGCGAAACGGCCACUACACCACAGACCCAGCUAACCCCACACAACGGGAAGGUUAUACUGCGCGAACGAAUCUCCAAGGAACUAUUUGCAAAAACGAUUUUUCGUGAGGACAGAACGUUAUAUCGGAGAUAGUAAUACAAUUAUCUAUCGUUACGGCGCUCUUCGUAAUAGACAAAGUAGAUUAUUCGAACACAUAAAUGAUAAAAUGAUAGAUCUGUAUAUUAUGCAUUAUUAUAUAAUCCUAUCUCAAUGCUAUUCGAUAGAGAGACAAGUUCAAUCUGUGUUAGGCAAAUGUAUUGUGUAUAUACAUUGCGAUGAUAUAUAAUGGCCGUCUUGCAGUUAAGGACGCCCUACCAGAAUGGACCCAUUUGAAAAUCUUUCAUCGUUGUCGUUGAUGCUUCCCUUUUAUCUGAUACUUUACCAAUGACGUACUGCUAUAACUAUAUAAGAUAUUAUUAGAAAAACAAUAUGAAAUGAGAUCAUUUAAUUAAGUCGAAAAUCACUAGCGCGAUGUAAAAUUAAAUGCAUCCGCAUUCUACUUGUAUUUCAUCAAUAUAAAUAUAUAUAUAUAUUGGUUUUAAAUUUUACUAUGUAUUAUGUAGGUAUAAAAU